CAAAUCGCCUUCGACCUUCACCACGAGGACACCCCGAAACAAUCGAGUUGAGACACCAAACACCCUGCACUUGAGUGUUGUUGUCGGGCACAAGAGAUUCAUGUGAGCAGCGCUGCUGUUGCGAUACUUUGACAUUCUCUCUAUCUUGCCUCUUCCGAACAGGGCUAGCUAGCAAGGGUUGAUUUAGACUGGCCAGAAGUGGAAGGCGCACCCCAGUCAGCGGCCUCCUCCAUUUCUGGAGGACGGCUCGCAACAAUGAUGAUGUCUGAUGGCAUAUCGGCCGAGUCCAUGGGUUCUGUAUCAGUGUCUGUAUCAACGGUGUCUCGGAGUGAAGAUGAUGGGACGCUCAGCGAGGGAGUUGAAACGACCACUCUCGAGGAUAUUCGGUCCUUUCAAUUUGAUGAUGUCGUCGGCAUUAGUGGCUUGAGCACAGGCAUGAGCGAUCACAAGAGCAUGAAAAGCACAGAGAGUAGCACCACCAUAAGUCUUGGUGCUUCUAUGGGGAACGCUACCAAAGCGGCCGAGUUGGCAUCCCUCAAAAAUGCCAUCAAGCUCGUCAACCUCGAAGCAAUCAAAGCCGAAGAACUCUACAAGGCCGAACGCGGAUUGCUCCAAAAGGCCAAUGAACAACUGUUCAAGUUUAGUCGUCUCUUGCAAGAUCAGGAUGCUGAACUAGCAGCAACUGAAGAAGCGCUCAGCAAAGAAAGAAAGCAGCGCGAGUCCGCAGAAAAGCAUUUCAUCAAACUGAAAAAGAUGAUGGUUGUCAAAGACGUUGAAGUGACCGAAGCCGAACAGCGCAAAAAGUCCGAAGUAAGUCUUCGCAAAGGUGCUGAAAAGGAGAUGACCAUGCUUCGACGACAGCUUCAGGCGAAAGAGGCUCAGUUGGCAGCGACGGACCGCAAGUACCAAAAAGAAUGCAAGAAACGGGAAAGGUUUGAAAAUCAAAUGACGGAGCUUGCCAAAAAGGCCGGGAAAGCCAAUGCGGAAGAAAAGUACCAAAUGCUGCAACAAUUACGACAAGAAGAAACUGAUGACGAGCCCUAUUUAUCUACGGCAAAGCAUGAUUCCUACGACAAAUGGAAACAAAAGGAACAAAUUGAUCCCAACCAUCAUGUCAGGGUCGCCAGCUUGAUGGCUCAACUAAACGAUGUCCAGGACCAACUGAAACAUGCCGAAGAAGAUCUACAUAAGGCCAAUGACAAGUUCACUAGAGAGCGGCAACUUCGGGAAGAAGCCGACAAACAAGUCAUUGUCAUGCGGGAAAAGGGGUAUGCCUAUAACAUUGAUCGGCGCACCACGGCGCGGUCUCACGUCGAGGAUUGCUUGAACACGGAACGACUGAAAUUGCGCAACGCAGAUCUUCAGGAACAGUACGAAUUGCUCAAGGUUGAAGCUCGAAAAGCCUUGGAAAAGGCCAGGGAUCGAGUGCGACAAGAAAAGACUUCACGAGAGGCUCUCGAAGAGCAGCUGGUAGCGAACCGAAAGCACUUUGAAGAUGCCCUCGAACAGGAGAAGCAAGAACACAAGAAACGGAUGGAAGAACUGGCGCAAAAAGUGGCUGAAGCCCGGUCUGAGAUUGAAGUGGCCAAGAGUAGUACCAGUGGAACCGUGCACGAGUUGGCAGAUCUUCGACAAAAGCAGGCAACCUUCCAAGAACAAGUCAUUGAAGCAAAGGCAGACAGCAAGAAAGAGAAAGCCUUGCGAUCAGAGCUUAAGGAAACAAUGGAAACAUUGGAAGAUGAACUAGAUUCGAUGGAAGCUGAGCUCAAAGCUAAAAAGGAAGAGCUUCAAAAACUGGAAACCAAAUACAAAGAGAUGGAAGACACAUGUAGGAGUUGGGAAGUUACAAACCAGAUGACCGAAGAGAAAUGUCAACAUUUAGAGGAGAAGUGCCAACAAAUGGAAGCCAAGUACCGUGAGCUGGAAAGUACGCAACAACUCAUGGAAGGGAAUCAUCAAAACUUUGAAGCCAAGUUCAAGCAGUUGGAAGUCAAACAUCGCAAGUUGGAGUCCGAACAUCGCAAGUUGGAAGCAACUAAUCGCGAACUAGACGAAAAACACCGGAAAGAAUCUGAAAAGCGAACGAAAGUUUCCAGAGAAUACCGAGAGUUGGAGGAAAAGCACCAAGAGGAGCUUAGUCGGCAAUCUAUGGACGCACAAACGCUGUCUAGAGACUACCUAGAGUUGGAGGAAAAGUACCAACAGGAGCUAAACCGGCAGGCUAAAGAUGUGCAAGGUCUGUCGAGAGAAAUCCGAGACUUGGAGGAAAAGCACCAACAAGAGCUAGGCCGGCAAGGCAAAGAUGCGCAACAACGUCUGUUGAGAGAAAUCGAGGAGUUGGAGGAAAAGCAUAGACAAGAGCUUGACGGGCAAGCUAAAGAAAUGGAGGCCUUGGUCGCAAAGGAACGUGAUCAGAAGCUGAGCCAGUUGGAAGCCUUGAUACAGAAAGAACGAGAUAAGCGCAUUGCUCACGAGAGAGAAUUGGCAGAGCUACGUGUGGCUUCUGCGCAGAGCAAAUCGGUGCUGUCGGAAGCAGAAGAAAGGGCGAAGAUGCUUGAUGCGGAACUAUCUGAGGCCUCAGCUCGCGAAAGGCAGCUUAAGGAGCACUACAGCAAGGAACUCACAGAGGCGUCGGCUCGCGAGAAGAAGGUUAAAGAGCAGUACAAGGAGGAACUGGCGGAGGUAACAUCUCGCUGGACGCAGGCGAGAGAACGGUAUCAGGAAGAACAUACUAGCAGGGAGAAGUCCGAAGAAGCAGCUGAUAGAAGGGUGCAUAUGCUGGAAGCAGGACUACAAUCAGCUGAAGCUCAGUGUAAGGUCUUGAAAGAGCAAUACGAAUCCGAACAGGGCUUGAAGGAAAAAGCUGAAGAAGAGGUGUUUGAGUUGAACCAGCGCAUCAAGAAGUUAACAUUUGAACUAGAGGAAGCCGAAACGCAACAUGCGGAAACAAAGAAGCAGUGCUCUGACUUGCGACUAAGGAUAGAGACGGUCACCAUUAGCAUUCAAACAAUAAAGGCCGAGGGAGAAACAUCUGAGAAGAAACUGAAGGAAAAGAUAUCAUCGCUCACCGACGAGCUGCGAGAGACUAGGGAGCAAUGUGCAUCCAUGCAACAAUCGCUGGAAGAGACCGAGGAGCAAAUCAUGAAGGAACGGGAAUUAAGGAGAGCCAUUGAGGUUGACCUGUCCAUGGAAGAAAGAUCUUUGGGGCGCAGAAGACGAGAAGAGGCCGAGCAAGAAAUCAUCAACAUUCAGGCCGCAAACCAUCAAGCGCUUCGCCUUGUUGAAGACAAGCUGCACAACGAGAAACAACUGCGCGAAGAAGCCGAGGAAUUGUGCCGAUCGCUUCGAGAGCAGAUCGUUAGACUCAAACAUGAACAGGUGGUUGCAAACCAGAAAGAGGCAACCGAAUCUGAUCGCAAAGAUGAACUUGAGUAUCAACUGGUUGCUCUGAAAGACGAACUAGAGCUUGCGGUAUCAAAACAAAAGUUGACAAAGGAUUCGCUGGACGAAGAGCGAAAGCUCCGAGGAGAACUUGAAAAGCAGAAUCAAGCCUUCCGUGACAUGAUCCCUGAAUACGCAGAGGCCGAAGAAAAGUAUCAGAAAGAGCGGAGACUUCGAAGCGAAGCUGAAUCAACCGUGGAGACACUUCGUAAAAGGCUCACGAGCAACAAGUUUUGGCAUAGCAGUGGCACUCAUGACGAAUCCACUAUAGAAACAAACGAACAAGCCCAUCAAGAAAUGCAACAACACGUGAUUGAGCUGCAGACUGAGCUGGAAUCUAUGCGAAGUGAUUUCGAUAAGGCUCAGGCAGCACUUGAAGAUGCUCGUGCAAAAGCCGACCGGGAGCGACAUCAACGCGAGGAUGCCGAAAGUCAACUGCUCUCAAUCCAAAACAGCAAAACACCUCUCAGCCGAAAUGGUUCCACGGCGGGAGGCUUUGAAUUCGAGAAAAAGCGCAGGGAGAAGGCAGAAAAGCAAGUCAUGUCGAUGCGGCUAAAAAUCGAAGCAAAAGACACGGAAAUUGUAUCGUUGAAGUCAAAGUUGACUGAUCCAUCAGUCAAAUCAUCGCGGCAAAGCGAAAGUCAGGCCUCUUCAAGCACCAACUCUUCGGAGAGAAGACGGCGUGGGGCCGCUUUGGUAGGGCAAAUCACUUCUCCUCAGCCCAGUCGACAGCUCGAUUAUCGCUCUUCCUUCAGGACGAAUAGAACAUACAGUGCACAAACAUCGCAACGAAUGCAUGCCCAGGAGGAGCAGGAUUUGAGGGAGCAAAUCUUGCUGACUCUGCCUGACUACGUCAAGAACAACUUCAGUCGCAUUGGCUUUGUGAAACACUCUACAUUCGACUAUUGGCCUUCCUUGGUGCUUGAUCCUUUCACAGUUCCUCUCUCGAUUCGCACGAAGUGGCUAGAGCUUUACUACGAGUUUGAAAAGAGGGAUAUGUUCCUUGUGUAUUUGUAUGGUCGUCGACAUCGAGGGAGUGUGAAUGCCUAUCCUAUUGUAGAACCACAUCACUUCAUUGCAUAUGAAGAGGGAGUUGAACGAAACUUGGACCAACUGCCGGCAGAAAUCGAGGACAAGCUUCGAUAUGGGGAACAACUUUCCGAGAUUGAGGAAGAGCUGAGCGACGGUUUGACCCAGAUCAGGAUUGAUGCUCGACAGCAACCGAGGCAUCGGACGCAUCCACUGGACGAAAGAGGGAUGUCUCGAAGAGCAGAAAGAGCAGAAAGGAAUCCUAGCAUGACCAGCACCACGAGCUAUGGUACCAACACUUCUGUAUACCAUGAAGACCAACAAACAAGAGACUCACCCAAGCGGCCACGUUCAGAAUACAGUUACUCUUGAAUUGGGUGAUCCCUACGCAAGUUUUGAUGUACGUGGAAUUUGGUGUCCUUCCUACUAUUUCCUCCCCCUUCCCUCCAAUUUGCAUCAACGAGCAAACUUGCAAGUGAUGUAGGUAAAAGCAAACCAAACACUUAUAGUUGUAACAAUAGAAGCGAUGAACGUUUCCCUAUCGGACGGGCAUUCCUAUCCUCUACUCUAGACAAUAAGUCAAACACCCC